AUGUCCAAGACAGCUACUCUUUUACAAUGGUGUAAAAUCAACACCUCUGGAUAUAAAUCCGUCAACAUCACAUCAUUCGAGCCGAACUCUUGGAAGGAUGGUUUAGCAUUUUGUGCACUCAUCCACAAGUUCCAUCCUGAAGCAAUUGAUUUCAAUGCACUCGACAAAGCAAACUACGACCAUAACUUGACCUUAGCCUUCGACACAUAUGAAAAAUUGGGUGUGCCAAAGUUGUUGGAUGUCGAAGACUUAAAUCGGUUGGACGAAUUUGGGAAGAGUUGUAUUGACAAAUACUCAAUUAUGACAUACGUCGGCGUAAUAAACACGACUUUUGAAUUCAACGGAACACACCACGAAGAAGGCGACCCACAACCAAAAAAGACACCCCAACAAAAUACGCAAUAUAAGGCUUACACAUCGACAGCUGGUCCACCACCACGACCACACAUUAAACGAAUCGACCCAAUGCAACACGCCGACCCAAGUAAAAGUGCUCCCAAAAGCCCACGCAAAAAGAGCACUGCUCCAAACCAAGUUGAGGUGUGUGCCAAAUGUGGACAAUCGUUAGGGAAUGAUGUACUUGAGGCGCUUGGAAAGAAGUACCAUCCAGACUGUUUUGGGUGUGUCAAGUGCUCGAGGAAAUUGGGUGCGGACUUUGUCACGUUCGACAACUUGGCGUAUUGUAAGGCUUGUGGGAAGUUGGAAUGGGUGACCCGUCAGGCCAAAAAGAAGGUUGAACUUGCUGCCAAAAAGAAGACUGAAGAUGAUGACCUUAAAGUGAAAGAGUCCAAACGGUUGUACGAAGAGAAACAGAAAAAGGAGAAAUUGGAGUUUGAGCAAAAACAGAAAGAAGAAAGGGAGAAACGCGAGAAAGAAAUGGCGGAGAGGAAAAAGAGAGAGGAGGAGCACAAAAAGGCGCUUGAAAAAGAAAAGAACGAGAGACUUGAGCGAAAAGAAAUUAAGGAAAAGGAGAAGGCAGAGUUGGAAAAGAAGAACGAGCAAACAAUAGCAUUAAAGAAAAAGGAAGAGAACGAGCGCAAAGCUGUCAUUGAAAAAUCGACGCCGUCGAGUGUUGUGCAAAGCAAAAACUACACCCCCCUUCCGAAAAAACAACCCCCCGCCGAACCAGAGUGGAAAAGGAAACAACGUGAGGCGGAAGAAAAAAAGAAGGAGAUGCAAGAAAAACUGAAAGCGAUCAAACAAAAGCGAGACGCUGAAGCCGACGCAAAAAGAAAAGAAAAUGAAGAAAAGCGAAAGGAAAAGGAGAGAAAGGAGAAAGCUGAGAAAGACCGACUUGAGAAUGAAAGACUCGAAAAGGAAAAGGCCGAGAAAUUACGAGCUAAAAUGGAAGAAGACAAAAAAAUCGCAGAACAAAAGAGACAAGAAGAGCUGAAAAGGCAAGAAGAGGCGAAAAAAGCUGAAGAAAUGAAACGGCAAGAGGAAUUAAAGAAACAGGAAGAGAUUCGAGCGCAACAAGAAAAGGCGAGACUUCAAAAGAUCGAGGAACAAAAGAAAAUUGAAGAACAAAAACGUAAAGCGGAAGAAUUGAAACAACUAGAAGAAAGAAAGAAACAAGAAGAAUUGAAAAAGGCCGAGGAAGAACGACAACGCAAACUUAUUGAAGAAGAAAAAGAACAAGAACGCAAAGCUGAACUUAUGAGAAAGCAGAAAGAGGAGGCUGAGCGUAGAAAGCGAGAAGAAGAAUCCCACAAAAGAGAGUUGGAACGGCAAAGACGUGAGGCGGAGAGAAAGAAGAGGGAGGAAGAGUUUAACCGACAAGAAGAGAUCCGAAAACAGAAUGAAGCUCUAGAAAAGAAACGACAAGAGGAUUUGCGCAUCAAGAAAGAGAAAGAGCUUCAACGCAUUGCCGAAGAGAAACACCGAAAGGAGCAAGAAGAGUUGAAACGGUUACAGGAAGCCGAGCGAAUAAAAAGGGAAAAGGAGUUACAACAGAAGGCAAUCGAAGAACAAAAACAAAAACAAAUUGAGGAGCAAAAACGUGCUGAGGCUGAAAGAAUCGCCGAAGCUGAAAAGCAAAAGAAAAUUGCUGAGGAAAAAGCAAAAAUUGAAGCUGAGAGGAAACGAAUUGAAGAAGAACGUCGUCAAGAGGAGUUAGAGAGAAUACGCGAGGCGGAGGAAGAGAAGAAGAGAGUGGCUGCUGAAGAAGCUGAGAACAUUCGUAAAGAGAACAUUAGAAAGAGGAGAGACGAAGAGAAGCGGAAAAUGGAAGAAAAGAUGAGACAAGAAGAGGAAGUGAAAAAGAAGAAAUGGGAGGAGAUACAAAAGCGCAAACAAGAGGAAAAAGAACGGCAAGAAAAACUCGAAACCGAGAGAAAAGAGCGCGAACAACAAAUUCAACUUCAAAAGGAAGCGGAAGAGAAAAAGCGUGUUGCUUUACUUGAAGAGCAAAAGAAACAAAAACUCGUUGAAGAGCAGAAAGCAAGAGAAUUGAAAGAACAACAAGAAAAGGCUGCGAAAGAAGAAAAGGCACGCCAAGACAAAAUUGCUGCAAAAAAAGAGGCCCAGAGACAACGAGAAAUCGAAGCACAAAAAGCUUUAGAAAAGCAACAAUUGCAAGAAAAAAAGGAGAAAGAGCGAUUGGCCAAAGAAGAGGAAAAGCGCAAAAAGAAAAUUGCGGAGGAAUUGGAACAGAAAAGACUCGAGGAAGAAGAAAAGAAGAUCGAAGCCGAACUGAAACGUAUUGAAGAAGAAGAACGCCAGGCACAAGAAAAAGAAGAACAAGAGAGGCGUGCCAUUGCUGCUGAAGAGUUGAGAAUCGCUGAACUUAAAAAGGCCGAAGACGAAAAACAACGUAUUGCAAACGAAGAGAGUGAAAGGAAGAAAAAGCUGGAGGAAGAGAAAGAACGAAAGGAGCUUGAAGAGAAACAGAAAAGAGAAUUGGAAGAAUUUGAGAAGAAGCAGAAGGCCGACAUGAAGGCGAUGAGGAAGACACUUUCAAUGCAACACAAAAAGGAACUCCCGAAACCACCACGUUCUGACGCUCAAAAGGAAGACAUGGCGCCUUGUGUUCUCCAAAUCAACAUUCUUAAAUUGACGAGUGUUAAAUAUGUCAAACACCCAAUGUUCCAAGUCAAACUCGAAACAACAAAUUCAAACACUCAAGUGCUGAUUAUAAAUAAAGUCAAUAGCGACAUCGACAACAAGCUCUUCUUUAAUGGUGUCAAUUCCUUCUCUUCACUCACAAUAUCCGUUUUCGAAGAAACGACGGGAAUGACAUUUGACGAUCUCGUCAUCAGUCUCUCCGACUUGAAACUGAAUGAAGUAAAGAGUUGUAUUGUUCCAUUGAAAGACCCGGACCACCCCUGCGAACUCUCUUACACCGCGAAGUUGAUUACAAUGGUUGAGGGCAUGCGACAAACUGCUUUGAACGUUUUGGAUUUGAGAAAGGGAAGUCCACAAGAGGGUGUUUUUGACUUGAGAAUCAACGGUCCAAAGGAGAUGAAAGUACCACCCGGGGUCAAAGAAAUAUACUGUGUUGUUUCUGUUGGUCAACAAGCGCCGGUGCAAACACGUUCUUACAUUCCGUCUGUCAAUAUUUGGAGUCAAUUUUUGGCGUUUGACUGCAAACAUGAUGACCAAGUCAAAAUUGAUAUUUUCGGGAAGAAGAAAUCGUUGUUCCAGACGACCGUAGUCCCCAUGGGGAAAGUGGUGUUUGGGUUGAAGGGAGUCAAAACGGGGAUCAAAGAAAUGUUGCUCAACAUCUUCCCACAAAACGAAGAGAAUGUCAGCGGGCAGCUGAACGUCUCGAUGAACUACCAAGAUAACACGGUUGAAGUCGAAGGCGCAGACCCAACACUUUUGAAAACACUGAACGGCACAUUUGAUAAAAUGGUUGUUGAGAGACAAGGUGAUCUCGCCGAUCUUGAUGACAAAGAAGUUGACCAGACGGAUGUCAAGAAUUGGGACGGGAAGGCUGGGUAUCUCCUUUUGAAGUCUGAGAGGACUGGAAAGACGAAACGACGCUUCUUUUAUUUGUUCCAAUUCAGCAGAGAGCUUGUGUAUUACAAAACGCAACAAAUUCGAUUUAAUAAACAGCGAGAGGUUGGAGACGAUACUGAAACACCAAAGGUGAUCGAUUUGGCGUUUUGUAAACUGUACGGUGUGGCGAACACGAACAAAUUUGUACUGGAAUCUCCGCACCGACGAUACGUCAUUGAUACAACAGUACCCGAAGAGAAGGAGAGUUGGAUGAAGCGCAUAGAUGAUGAGUUGAAGUCGAUCAAAGACUACACGAAACAAGAUUCAACGAUGUCAAUGGAGAAAUACGGUCGGUCGAGUUACGACAUACAAAGCGGAACUCUGUUGAUGAAAAGAGACGACAAAUUUUCGCCUGUAUUUGUUGAGUUGCAGAGUGGGUUCAUUUUUAUAUCGGAACCAAACUCGAAACCGAAGAAGAUGAUCAGCAAGUUGAGUUUGUAUAAAUGUGGAAUGUCCGAGUAUGACCCAGAGAAGGUAGUCAACGCAAUUCAAAUAGAUGACCAAUACAAGAAGAGGGCGUUCAUUUUUAAACUAGAGAAUUUUGAGAAGAUGCAUUAUUGGCUGAACGCGAUUAAGUGGCAGCAAUGUUUUAUAGAAGAAUGCAUCGACAACAUCGUCAUAUUGUGA